AUCAUUAAAGAUGAUGUUGAAACAUUACCUCGACAUUAUGAAAGUAUCAGAAACCUAAAAGAAAAUGGACACGAAAUAAUUGGAUAUAUAAGAAAGUCAACUGGCGAAAAAGACGAUAAUACAUGCAUUCGUCUUUUGAAUCAAAUGAGCGCAAAUAUCAAAGAAAGACCACUUGUGACAAAAGUAUUCGCGAGCGUUUCCUGUGACGCAAGUCAACCCUUACUUGCCAGAGACUUGAAAAAAAAAUACCGUUAUACUGUCGAAAAUUACUGCAGAUGGAGACAUGCAAGGUGA